AUGAAAAUUGUAGCGUUAUCAGGUUAUAAAAACAGUCCUGAAAUUUACAAUUUAAUAAUUCUUGCUGAUAUUCAAUACUUUGGAAAAUUCAGAAUUAAUGAAUUGACAUAUGAUGAAACAAUAAAAAUUCUUCUUCAUGAUUUGAAUAAAGAAUUUGGAUAUACAACAAAUGAGUUGAAACCAAAGCUUAUUCACACAAGUACUCCAGUACAUGCAAGAAAUACAUCAAUGAAUGAUAUUUCAACCUGUGUAUCAACAAAAAAUAUUGGAAAAGAAUUGAAGGAUAAUUUUGUUUCAAAAAAAACAAAUGGUACUGAAUUUUCUUCAACUAUUCUUGUUGCGUCAUUUUUAUUUCAAUCAAAGUUAAAUAUUUCUACAAAUGAAAACGAACAAAAAAUUAUCUUUGUUGAGAUUAUAAAACCGGAUGAUUUAAAAUUAUCAAAUAAAACUGUAUCGGAAAAUGCUACAAAAGUUAUAAACUUUAAUGACGUGUUUAUAUAUUUUAUUUUUCGCAAAAUGAAUGAUAAUAAAUUUAAAUUAACAAGAAGAAAGAUGCUGUCAAAACAAAAUUAUCGUAUUCUUAUACAAGGUGCUUGA